AUGGAGGAAGAAGAGAAGGAAGGUCUAAGAACUGUGGAAUGUCUAAGAGGGAGACUACUUGCAGAGAGGCAAGUUUCAAGGUCUGCAAAUGAAGAAGCAGACCUCAUUACCAAAAAGUUGGAAGAGCUGGAGAAACAUCUGAAAGAAGAGAUCAGAUUAAGGGAAAAAGCAGAGAAAAGACUAAAGUAUCUGAUGAAAAAGCUUGAAUCCAUAAAAGGGUCAGGCAGUUCUGAGGGAUCAGAGCAGUUGAGUUCAUCUGAAGUGUCAUGUUUGUCAUCUGUUUCCACUUCAGCAUCCAAGGAAGAAAAAGAAGAAGAAAAAGAAACUCAAGAAAAUGGAUUUGUGGAGGAAGAUAAAAUUGAUCAAACCACUGAAAAUGUUGCCUCCAUGGAAAAAAAGAUCAACGAUGUUUCUUCUGGUGAAGAAAGUGUUGUUGCUUCAACCUCAAGUCAAGAAGGAGAAUCACAGGCUGGUAAUGAGAUUUUAAACUGGUCGGAUACUGUUUAAAAGUACAAGAAUCAAGGAAUACACUUGCCAUCCCCUUAAAUAACCUUGAGUCAGAACAGUUUAUCUCAGGGUUGCUCCUGAAGCUACAGCUACUGAUACUUAAAAGGGCAUAUGUGAUCAUAAAGGGAUUAAUUAGGGUUUAGG